AUGGACGUGUCGGCCAUCGCCCCACGGCUUACGCUGAAGCGAGUCAAGGAACGUACCGAUGCCCUUGAUGAUAUCGAUGCAGUGGUGCUGCAGCGGCCUCUUAUCGAUGGCAAAAGUUAUAGAGUUCUCCUCCAAGCGCUAGCCCAGUUCGUGGCGGUCGAAGCCGCCAACUACGCCAAAGCCCAGGAUAAUUCGGCGGUGGAAGCCAGGCUUGUACGUGGUGUUACCUUAGUAAGAGAAUUGGUGGUGAAACUGAUCAAUAACCGGGUCAAUAUCAAAUUGAAGGGUUACCUAUCCGUGGUGGACAUGGCCAUUUCCGCUUAUGAGUGCCACCAUGUGCUAAGUCCGUGUUUUGAGGAUUUAUUACUUAUCAUCGACGCCGUGGUAUCACUAACCUAUGUGAGAGACCAUAUGACUGCUGCUGACUGGACCAGAGUUAUUCGUUUUUUGGCGACAGCUCCGAACGCAACGAAAUCGUCCAAGAUAUACCAAAAACAACUUACUCAUACCCUCGCGGCAGUGGCUCACAUGAUGGCGUGUCCCGUGUCUACUGCUUAUUUACAGGUUUACAACCAUUACCUUCAAAUUGAGCCUCUCAUUGCCGCUGAUGCUAAUCCUCGAGCGCGAGUCAACCAGCUACGUCUAAUUAAUAAGCUCGCGCCGAUGGUGGUAGGGAUCAAUACUGAAUACGUAGCUCGUCUAGUGGGCUACGGGUUCAAAAUGCUUACGGAGCCGCUCCUGCCAAUGGAAUCGAUGCAUACUCAGGUGGUGUGUUUUCUUAAUAGUCCUACCACAAUCGACUACGCUCCCAUAUCUUUAUCUUCCAAUGCAAUGCCGCAGAUGGAGCAGGUGAUUGUCAACUUGCUUCGCUCGGUGGAGAUUAUGGCGCAGUGGCGGUGGCGUUCUCACCAUGAACAUGGACUGGAGCCAUACCGGUACAUGCAGGGCCUUAGUCAGCUUGUCACGGUGUAUUUCAAUGUGAAACACCAACAACAAAAGCAACAACUGUUUGACGGGGAUAGUUUAGGGUUUGGUACUGGUCUUUUGGCUGCUGCUGCUUCUCCUACUUCCGCGGCCUCGGGAGGAGGUGGAAGUGAGGUUGCAUCAAAACGAGCACGCAAAGAGCCUCUUGAACGCAAAUUGGCGCAGGCUUCGACUGCUGUGGGGUUCUGCUUUCUGCUAAUGGACUUCGAUAACCACGUUGCCCUCCAACUUCUCGCGUUCAUCCUGAUUAAUGACGUGGUGCUGGGUUACUUGACUGAGCCCGAUCUUACCUACUGGGCACUUCAAGUGAUGGCGCACCAGCUCAAGCGACCGGAGAGUUCCAAGCCGUCAGUGGCACUAUUUCGACAGAUCCUCCCAUAUAUCAAAAGUCCCGUGCCCGUGGGUCCUAUGGCAUGCCAAGUGUUUGGCUUGGCGGUGAUGAAAGGCAUUGAACUGCUGCCGAACGCACUCGAAGUGACCGCUUUGAGUCACCAACUUAAUAGCAUUAUCCAGUUUGCCGAUACCAACGGGCCUAGUGUCAUGCUGGCGGCGGCGCUUGAAUUUUGGGGGUUUUUGCUGGAAGCAGCAGCGGCGCUAUCCGUGAAGCUCAGUUCCCAAAUGCCUCAGCGGGUUCUGAGGUGGUUUGCCGUGCGGUGGCUGGCGUAUAUUGGUAGUGCCACUGCUGAUGAUGUCGCCUCAAUUUGGGGUAGUCUCGAAGGGUUCAUUGGCCUGCUGGUGCGCUUAGGUCGUACUUGGAAACAACUUCCCGAUAAAGAUAAAGACGAGUACGCUGAAUUUUGGAAAUCGUAUAACGACGUCGAGGAAAUCGCCGCUAGACACUACCACUCUGCACUGUUGCAGUGGCGUUCACCUGUUGUUAGUGGCCAGAUCGUCGCUCCAGAAGUUAUGGAUAUGUUAUACGUUGUUGGAGGACAACCAGGGGUAGCGUUUGCUGCUGGCCUUAUCGAACUUCAGCUCGGUAAACUGCUGAACUUAGUUGUGGACGACGCUAAGCUGGUGAUGACAGUUUUGAAUCGGGUAUCACCGUUACUAAGUGAACUGGUACUUCGAGAAGUGGGGUUACUAAUGAAAUUUGACCCGUUGGCGGUGGUGCAGUCGUCAACUUCUCGCCGACCAGAAGCGGAAGCUGUAUUUGAUCUGUAUAUGGAUACUGUUGGCGAUAACCAGGAAACAGCAGAGGUGCCGACGUGGACUGAGGCUACAUUGAGAAGUGAUAGUAACACGCUAGUGAGUGCUAUACGGUUCAUUGCCCGUACACGUCCGUUGGAGCUUGUGCCUGCAUUGAAUGAUAUCGAUACAAGUGUCGUUCUUUGGGCCCUACCAACGAUCUUGGAGAACUUGAACUCGGAGAAUUUAGCAGAGUUCAUUGACUACUUUGGCACUAAUGUGCUUGCUCUGGUUGACUACCGGUGCGCCGAAGUCGUGGUGAUUUCGGCAGUCAAACUCGUUGAGAUGAGUGCUGCCAGUGACGAGUUGAAUAAGCGUCAUAAGGAUAUCUCGCGGUGGCUUUUGGAUCUCACUAAGGCUAGUCUAGUGGUCACCGAACCGCUGUUGAAUGUAGUGAUUACAUGGCUUUCCGCUGGUGCCGAUAGAGACUCCGAGAAGGUCAAAAUGCUUGCUACUCUUCUCUCGCUGGCUCCUAUUUCAACCAAAUACGCUACCGCCUCUGCCACUGCUCAAUUGAUCCGGAAACUCCCACCAGCAGCGCAAAAGGGAAUCAUCACUGCUGCCACAAUUGUUAUUUCAACCGAUAGCGACACUGAGGCCAUUACCACUCUUAUUUAUCGAGGGAUGCUAGCGCUGGGCCUGUACGUGGCUAUGUACCUGGCGCUUUUUGCGAUUAUGGAGGCUGCAGUUUCCGAAAACCAGCGCAUGGUAGAAUAUGCGCCCUCUGCUCUCGCCAAAAUCAGCCAGCACUAUCAUCAUCAGCUGCUCGCCGAGCUCUUCCACCUGGUGAGCUAUGAUUUGCUUGCGUGGAAGUGGACUACGGAAGGCGAGUUGAAGCACUUUCCUUUCGAUAUAUUUGACAUUGAUUUAGGCGAAGCGAGUUAUUUGGCUUUGUCACGGGAAAUGACAUCGGUGGUUCUAGCACUUCCUCGUCAAGGGGAUACCAGCAAAACGGAGCUUGCUCCCGAAGCAAUGGAAGUUCUUGAAGAUAUCGCUGGUGUGAAGCAAGCUACAGUUAAUGCAGUCGUGGAAGCUAGUCUCCCCGAGCUGAUAGCAUUGGCCUAUACCAAGAAGGCUAAGGGGGCGAUAUUCCGUACUUUGAAGCUGGUGCUUCAGUUUGACAGAGAUACCAUGUUUGAACUGAGCAUGGUGAUUAUGCUUGCCAUUUUACGCCGGCUUGAUGUUUCGCAAGAGGACGAAUUAAAUGACGCCUUUGGUAUCGAUCAUUUACCGUUAUUACACGAUUCCGCUACAAUUAUCGACGAUCCACUGGCUCUAAGAAUCGUUCCAAGAACAGCCAAAGGUAUUCUUGAUGAAAUUACCCAAAAAUGGACGCCUCCACAUGCGGAAUACGGCACUCAGCCUGGAUUCAAGCGCCAUAAGUGGGUGUACUUUUGGUUGCGCCAUCUUUGCGCCGACGCGGUUGCAGCGACGAUGCCUGAUCAACGCAGCUUAGCGUGGCGACGCGUGAAAGUGACACUCGCGCUUUGCCAUCAGGGAAUCCUGAGGCACCUGGCGACAAUUGUCACCGAAGCAGCGCUGCAGAUGAUUGCUUAUCCAGAGGUGAUCCAGGACGUAUAUACCGUGCUCGAGUUUAUUGACCUCUGCCAGGUAAGCGACGUGGCAGUUCUCCUUCUGCUUGUGCGUCUGUUAUUAACAGCACUGCCAGCGCCUCCAGCUGCCAUCAUCACUGAAGUGAACCAUAUGGUAGAGCGCACGCAGUUGAGCGUAGAGCCUUUGUUUGCCGCGGCCAGUUCUUGGUUGCGUCUGCGCCACUCGACGUUGACGGAAGCUAAAGUCGAAGAUUAUCUUGCCGAUAAACCGUUGGAAGACGGCGUCGCCAUUAUUGCCCAUAUAUGGACGCCGCCACCGCCCACAGCACCGAAACGGGAAGUGGUGCGCAAUAUAACUGCCAUGGCCAACUGGCCGCCACAGCUAGAGACUUGGCGCCAACAGUAUAGCGCUCGCUACUACCUUCAGGGCCAUUCGCCCCCGCCGCCACGUUCGACUGACGCUGAUAUUGUCGACUAUAUGCUGCUCAACCAUGUGCUCAGCUUGCUUGUGGCCCCACCGUCGCGUAAGUUUUAUUCAUUCCGCCAGUGGGGGUUUGUUGAGGCGGCGUUCGCAGUGUUGAUGAAGGAAUACGCCGACCACGGCUACCCCGGGGUGCUCCCCAAUUUCGCUACCACUAGCAACUCGCUGUUUGGUCGCUAUGUCCAAGAAAUGACGAUGAGUGCCUAUGAAAUGGUGAUGCCCCAGGUUCCAGCGGUGGUCCCCGUCGAUGACAUUGACUUUGAACAGGAUUGGAUCGCACCGUGGAUGCUUGCCAUGCUCGCUGAUCUCUCUCAUACGACAGUGGUGGCACGCAUCUUGCUGCCUUUGGUAGCCAGUCUCCCACAACUAGCGCGGCGAGGGUUGGUGGCCACUGUGGGCUAUUACCUCUGGCAACGAGGGCGUGCCGCCAUCAACGCUGUAGUUGGAGUACUUACUACCCUCACCGAUGACGGCUCUCCUUUAUCCAUGGAAGACAAGCAAGUGGUGGUCGAAGUUGCUUUGGGAAUACGCGCUGCCGCCAAACGAGAAGGCAAAUCCUCAGCAUUCGCCGCUGUAUGGCAGCAAUUAAAUUUGGCGAAGAUUGUCGAUUAUGCCAUUGCUGUUGGCCAACCGCGCACGGCAAUGAUGGUUGCAGAAGACGCCGCCGACACCACCCCCGACUGGCUGGUGUUUAGCCGCAUAUAUCCUCAAAUCGAUGAUGAUUUGAUCGAAGGCCUCCCACAACCACCAACGCUUUCGGCAAUACUUAGCCUGAUUGUUCGUGAUCAUAAUAGCCUGAGAAGGGGUCAGUGGCUUACUGCUAACGCUGAUGCUCUCGAAUUUUGUGGUCACCGUCUGCUUCCUCAAGAUUCCGAUGAUGACUACCAGUGCUGGCGCUUAAACCAGUGGGAUCUUCCGCCGCCAGCGUGCCCCACAACCGAGAAUGGCGUCAUUUACUCGGUGCUCAAACAUGUUCAUGAUCUGCAAACAUUUGAUGUGGGCACCGCUCUCAAGUGGGCGGCUCGGGUUUCUCCUGAAUGUAUGGCGGCGGUGGAAGCGGUGAAUGUCAUUGUCAACGAGGAGGAACCACCUAAAGAGGUGGGGCUGGAGCUCGCUAUCCAAGCGCGCCAGGUGGGGUAUCAGUUAAAGCAGAACCUUGAAGGGGUGAUUCUCGAGCUGGUGCGCCUUGCUCAGGUUGCCACACUGCAAAAGCUGAAGAUCCAGGCGACAUUCAUUAUCGACGAACAGUGCCGCGAGGUUCCUGGCCUCGAUCGGGUGGCCCAAUAUCACGAUGCCCACCUCGUUUGGGACCAGGGGAUGGCGUCUGCCGCCAUUUCCUUGCUUGAGGGCGUCGGACUCGUUAGUAUCAAUGUGGGCGCUCACGCUCAGGGCCUCAACGUCCACGGACUGCUUAUCGCUGCCCAUCUUGUGGAGUGGAAAGCGCUGCUGCGGCAGGCGCAUCCUCGCAAGCUUAUGGAAGGGUUGGUGGUGCCUCAGGUCGCGGAACUCGCGCAAGUGAGCGACCCGGGGGCGUGGACGGUGGAUAUGGCCCGCGCCUACCGCAUGUUUGGUGCGUUUUGCGAGGUUCAGGCGAAGAGUGCUAGUCUCUCUGAGGAAAUUCUGGUGGCGGAGCGCCGGUUAAAGCACGCGCUCCUGGAGCUAGUCACUUGGAAAAAGCACCGACAACAACUUGAAGGCCAACGCAAACCCGACGCUAAGCGGUUAGCUGAGGCGCGGCGCCAGUUCGACCGCGCCAAACAUCAAGCCAACCAGUUCCAGCUGGUAGUGGAAACCGCCGUAUUUGCCCAGCGCCAGUUUGCUGCAACCGCCGUCGAGUGUUUCAUGGCAAAAACCUCAUUGGACGCUGACGAUGAGACAACCGACCGCUUUUUUGCCGGAUGGCUCCAAGCCCUGGACGACCAUGACCUCCAGUUUCGCAUCGCCGAUAAGGUGGCGGCAAUACCCGCCCACCACUUGGUUCUGUGGACAAAUCAGUUGGUGCUGCGCCUUGAUGGCGGCAACUCGUCAUUCCAGCGCGUGUUGCUGCUGGUACUCAUUCAGCUAGUGCUGCGCCACCCGCUCCACUCUGUGUACCAGCUUAUUUCACUUCUCUUUGGUAACCCUAAUGAGGCAAAGGUCAAAGCAGGGUAUGAACUUUGGAAGCGUAUUAUCGCUAAUGACGACGGCAACCAUCACCUUCUCAAAAUGAUUUACAAGUUUUGCAAACAAGUGGUUGUGGUGGCAAUGAAAAAGCCCCGUAAAACCAUUGAUUUGGCCAGUGAUACUGAUGUUUCCGGGUGGGUCUCCGGUGAGCUCCCACCAGUUCCGCCACCGACAAUGUCGCUUCCCGUACGUCCUGAUGAGGAUUAUUCUGAAGUUCCGACGAUGGCGCUGGCGCUUCCCAAAGUGGAAGUGGCGCCGCUGGGCCUCUCCAAGCCCAAAAUUAUCACUUUCGUCCUCUCGGACGGCACUCACCAUAAAUUGCUUGCGAAACACGGUAAUGACGAUCUUCGUCAAGACCAAAUCAUGGAACAAGUGUUCGAGAAAGUGAACCAAAUGCUCACUCGGGACUCCCAGGCUCGCAAGCGCAAUUUGAGGGUCAGAACGUAUACUGUUGUCCCGCUUGGGCCUCAGCUGGGUAUGAUAGAGUUUGUCCCUCGGGGGGCUGGGCUCAUUGAUAUAGUCCGCCCAUAUCAUCGAAAUCAAGACUCCAUGACUGCCGAUGAAGCACGGAGUCGAAUGAAGGAAAUGCAGAAGGGAGAUCGGGCGCUGAGAAUUGCUGAAUAUCGCGAAAUAUGUAAGCAUAUCAAACCGGUGAUGCGCCAUUGGUUCCGGGAUACGUUCGUUUCUCCGCAAGCAUGGUACGAUAGUCGGGUCAACUGGACUAGGGGAGUGGCGCUGCUGCUGAUGAUUGGUCACAUCUUGGGAUUAGGUGAUCGCCACUGUAAUAACGUGAUGAUAGACACUGGUUCCGGCGAUCCAAUUCAUAUCGAUCUAGGGGUGGCAUUCGACCAAGGGAAACGACUUACAGUUCCUGAAACCGUACCUUUUCGACUUACUCGCGACAUUGUCGACGGCUUUGGUCCCAGUGGCGUCAACGGGAUGUUCACUAAAGGGUGUGAAUACACGCUUACGGUGCUCCGAGCUAAUCGCAGCCACAUUUUGGCAAUUUUGGACGUGCUCCGGUGGGACCCUUUGUAUCUGUGGCUGGUGCUGGCGGCAAAGUUGGCGCGGUUACAACUGGAUGGUAAAGCCAGUGGUGUUGUGACUGAGCCGAAAGCGCUUUUGGAGGAUGAUGGUAGUGAAGCGGCUAAAGCAAUUGUCACUGUCAGUGAUAAAUUGAGGGGGAUCCCAGGCAAUUUGAGUGUGGAAGCCAAUGUGCGAGAACUCAUUCAUGAGGCGACCAGCGACGAAAACUUGGCAUUGAUUUAUCAGGGCUGGUCGCCGUUUUUUUAG